AUGUCGCACGAUAUGAGGACGGCAGCCAAUGAGAAGGGCGAGUUGGAAAAUUCUACUCUACUGGCGCCCGAGACUGCCAGUGGUGCUGUUUCACCCAGUCCGAGUACAAGCUCUUUUGUUUCUGUUGAUAUGGACGAUUCCAAGUUUCCUUCAUUUUGGGAGAAGGUGCAAGAUAUGUAUUCUCAGAACAUCGGUCUAUUCUAUGUUCUGCUGGCCCAGCUGUUCGCCUCCAUUAUGUCCAUGACUACAAGGCUACUAGCAACUGGGUUCGAGACCAAGUUUCAUGCCCUGCAGAUCAUCUUUGUCCGUAUGUUGGCCACAACCAUUAUUGGCUCUUUCUACAUGUGGCGUGAGAAAGUUCCCGACUUUCCUCUUGGACCACGUGAGGUCAGAGGGUUACUAUUCCUGCGAGGCAUGGCUGGAUCUGUUGGACUGUUCGGUCUCUACUAUUCUCUUUCAUAUCUCGAUGUGUCCGAUGCCACUGUCAUCACUUUCCUUGUCCCUACUCUGACAGCUUUCAUCGCCUGGGUUGCUCUCCGGGAACCCUUCACUCUCAACGAAGCCUUGGCAGGUCUCAUAGCCUUCACAGGUGUCCUAUUUGUCGCUCGGCCAGCCUUCCUCUUUCCCAACAAGGACUCCUUCCUUACGGGGUAUGCCUCUGCAGCAACUACUGCUGCUAAAGGUAUGAUCUCAGCAGCCAAGGCGACGCCUCAUGAACGCACCAUCGCGAUUUGCUGUUCCAUCUUUGGCUCCAUCGCUGCUGCGACCGCUUACUCGACUAUUCGUGUUAUUGGAAAGCGAGCUCAUUCCCUUGUGAGCGUCAACUACUUCGCUGUGUUGGCAACUGUUAGCUCUUUCCUUAUCAUUACGAUCCAUCCUGAUCUGCAAUUUGAGAUUCCUAAGAGUAUUGCUGAGUGGGCUGUUCUUCUCUCAAUCGGUGUUUCGGGCUUUCUGUUCCAGGUUCUCCUCACUGAAGGUCUGCAGCGAGAAAAGGCUGGCAGAGCAACAAACCUGAUAUACGUUCAACUGGUGUAUGCCGUCAUCAUUGACCGUGUCAUCUGGGGAAGUACCCCUCCACCUGCCAGCUUUAUCGGCAGCGCUCUCAUUAUUGGUUCGGCUGUCUGGGUCGCGUUACAAAAGAAAGCGCCCUCAGAGCCCAAAACAGUGCCCGACGAGGAGAGAAAUGCUGGUCUCGACAAAGACCGAACAAAGGAAGCGUAA